UCCUGUCAGUUGGCAACUAGCAGGCGGCAGUGCGAGACGUGCGCGCUUAACCUGCUCGCAGGCCCUUCCUACCGGUCCUGCUGUCACAGGCGCUCUCGAGUCUCUCGGGCUUUUCCGGUGCUUUUGCUGGUUCCGGUAGAGCCCCUUCCUUGGUCUGUCGAUACUGCUGACGCUCACAGGUCCUUCUUUGCAUUGCUGACCGAGUGACACUUAUGUCCUAGGGACAAUUGCUUAUACCGCAAACAUUGAUAGGAUGUUUAAAGUGACCAUGCAAGAACUUGAUAAUUGGUGACUUCAACGGGGUACGAGGAUUGUUCUUACAUAAGUGAUCUUAGGGAAAGCAUUCCUCGAGGAGGAGAGUGUAGGUGUGGGAGGAGGAGGAGAAGGACAAGUAUUUCAUUGUUUGAUUUUGUCUAUUGAACAAUCUGUACUGACUCGCUGCUUUAGGUUAAACUUUGAACAGGAGACAUUCAGGGGUAAAGUGAUGCUUCCCAGAUGAAUUCGAAUAGGCAAUUUAAUUGAAGUGAUAUAAAAGAGACAUUCUUAAGGAGAACAGUGUGAGUUCACAGUACCGUGACCAAGGAGAGACCUAAAGGCCUGUGACGCCGCCAGCUGAAAAGUGAUCGUCAUCUGAUUGGUCUUCGACCUGUCGGUUGCGUAUACACUAGAUAUCUUACUAGGGACCAUUUGCUGCCCUUGUUACAACUUUUAAAUCCUAUUGUACCGGUUAGAAUUAUAUCAAAAUAUUCUGAUACGCUUUAUUGUGGGGCUUUGUCAAAGGACUGUUGAGUUUGAAGUGCUUAGCAUCCGCCAUCUGCUUUGAAGAUUGACUAAAUCAUCCCAGGAAUAACAUCGUCAAGAUGAUGCUCGCUGCCUAUUUCGAUCAGUACCCUGCGCAUCUUGCUGCAGCGGCGCGUCGUCAGGCGGGUCAGCAGCAGGAGCAGCAAUCGGCGCCCAGGGUACUCAACAGAAUGGCCACCCCGCCGCAGCCACCCUCUGAGGGCGGCCGUACAUACACACUCACCGACGCCUCAGACGAACCGCAACAACAGCCACAACAGCACCCAUCUCCCUCACACCAACACCACAACAACGUUGGUUCCUCCAACAAUCACCGACACACCACACCGCCCCCGCCCCCGCCUCAUCAUCCGCUAACUGCAGACACCAACGAACUACGACCACUCAAGAAGCCCCUCCCUCAGGAGGGCCGAGAAGUGGAGAAAGGUGUGUCCGACGAAGAACGUCGUUCGAAUGGGACUUACUGCAAGGUUGUCCCUCCUCCCCCAGCAUCUGCCCUGAGCAACAACUCCAAGUCCUUGGCCACAUCAUCCACCACAGGGUGUCCUGUGCAUGACCCUACGCACCCACAGUAUCGCCCACCGCACGCCUACGCGCCUUCUUCAUCCUCCGGUGGAAGUUCCAGGUCAUCAGCAGCCGAUUCACAACUACUUCAUUGCGGUAUCUGUACUCAGAGAUACUCCAACCCUAAGGUGUUGCCUUGUCUUCAUACCUUUUGCGAGAGGUGCCUCAUUAGCUACACGCCCGCGGAGUCGCUCACGCUCACCUGCCCAGUGUGUCGUCAGCAGUCAAUCUUGCCCAAGGACGGAGUGCCGGGUCUUCAAAGCAACACUUGGGUACGCGGUGUCAUGGAAGCCAUGGACAGUGGGGCGGCUGGCCCACCCCUACCGGGAAGUGCCCCAGGCCCCUGUGCUCUCUGUCUUAACUCACAGCCUACUUCUAGAUGUGUACAGUGCCAUAAACAGAUGUGUGCCUCAUGUGCCACUCGACACACACAGGACUCGGGAAGUGAGAGCCAUAGCGUGGUGAGUCUGUCGGAUAGUGAUGCUGGCUUGCCUCACGCCAACGGUUACCAUGACGACGAGACUACUCUCUACUGUCCUUCGCAUCAGGGGCAGACCUUGCGUUUUUACUGUCGGGACUGUGAAACUGCAGUAUGUAGCAGUUGUACUGAUAUUGAGCAUCGCGCACAUAAUACCCUCCACUUGACAGAUGCUGUAGAAGAACACCGUUUAGCGAUGCAUCAGCUGAUUGACAGGGUCACAAUGCAGUUGCCAUGUGUGAAGGAAUCCAUAUGUGAUAUUCAAGAUGUGAGUCGCAACCUGAGAGAGAAGAGGACAGAGGCUGAAAAGGAAAUCCGGAGGUGUUUUGACAUCCUUCAUGAAUUGUUGGAUAAGAGACAAACGACACUCAUCAAUUCACUCAACACUAUUGAGUCAGAAAAGCAGCAGACCCUAGAUAACCAGAAGGAAGAACUGGAAGCAUGGGUAUGUGGAGUGGAAAGUGGAUGCGAGUUUGUUGAGAAAGCCUUGGCACACUGCCCUGCAAUGGAAGUAGUUCUUGUCAGGAAACAACUUGGUGAGAGACUCAUGGAUUAUGCAAACAUGAAUGUCCCUCCAGCUCCACGUGAAAAUAGUCACCUAAAGUUUGUGGUAGGCAACAUUGACCCCUUAAAGACAGCCUUCCUUCAUGUGGGAAGUAUUCAAAGCAACAGUGCUGUGCCUCACCAAACAAGUGCCACUGGAGAAUCGCUUAGACAGAUAACUGUGGGUCGUCAAGCCAUUGUAACAGUAGUGACUAGGGAUCACAAAGGAGAAAAAGCAUCUUGUGGUGGUGCAGAAGUUACUGCAGCUAUUUCUCGCACAAGUUUAACAGUGACUCGUCAUGGUUCAAGCUCACCGCGGGCUUCAUCUCUUUCUCCACGAGCUUCGAGUAAAAGCCCAAGUGGAUCUCGAGAAGAGCUCUGCCAACCUCAGGUGCUUGAUCUGAACAAUGGGACAUAUGAAGUGGCCUUCACAGUUCAUGGAGAAGGAACCUAUUGUUUGGAGGUGCUCUUGUAUGGUCACCCUAUCAGUGGCAGCCCAUUCAGCAUUGCUGCCAUACCACCUUUGGAAGAGGACAGUGGUAGCAGUCAGCGAUCUGUCCCUCCCCACACAUUAGCUAGACAGCAGUCGCACUCAACGCAGGAGUACCUUUUUACUGCACUUAAGGUGACAUCUAGAGCAUCUCGAGCAUCUAGACGACCACUGUCUCAUCGUUCAUCAUGCUCCAGACGCACAAAUCCCAUUGAAGAUGACAUGUUGCUAAGGGUUGGACGAAGGGGACGCAACAGAGGAGAAUUUGUCAAUCCUCAGGGCAUUGCAUACAAUGCUGUUAAGGAUGGCCGCAUAGCAGUCGCUGACUCAAAUAAUCAGUGCAUCCAAGUCUUUACACUGGCUGGAGAGUGCAAGCUAAGGUUUGGUGUUCGUGGCCGCAGCAUAGGGCAAAUGCAGAGACCAACAGGUGUUGCUGCUUUACCAAAUGGGAACUAUGUAGUUGCAGACUAUGAAAACAAAUGGGUGUCAAUAUUUGAACCUUCUGGAAAGUUUGUCACUCGUAUUGGUCAUGGGAAGCUCUUGGGACCAAAAGGGGUAUGUGUUGAUAACAAUGGGCACAUUAUAGUUGUGGACAACAAAGCCUCUUGUGUUUGUAUUUUCCAACAAUCUGGGAAGCUUCUGACAAAAUUCGGCAACAGAGGAACAGAUGAGUUUCAGUUUGCUGGCCCUCACUUUGCAGCAGUAAACAGCAUGGGACAUAUUGUUAUUACAGACUUUCAUAAUCACUGUGUUAAGGUAUUUGAUAGUGAUGGAGAUUUCUUAUUUACUUUUGGUACAAGUGGAGAGGGAAAUGGGCAGUUCAAUGCCCCUACUGGAGUAGCUGUAGACAGCAAUGACAACAUUAUUGUUGCCGACUGGGGAAAUUCUAGAAUUCAGGUGUUUGAUUCCCAGGGCUCUUUCUUGUCAUAUGUCAACACCCUUGCCGAUCCUUUGUAUGGACCUCAGGGCAUGACACUUACUCCUGAUGGACAGAUAUUUGUUGCAGACUCUGGCAAUCAUUGUUUCAAAGUAUAUAAAUACCUACAGUAGCUUUUGUUUACCUUAGUCCAAUUCAAUAAGUCCAAAUUAUUUCCUUAAGGAAGAUCUAGGUUACCCUCAUAACUUUCCUGUACUAGAGCUCCUCUUCAAUGAAUUAGAAUUGACAUUAGUGCAGGUAUUAUUCUUGUUAUCUAGGUAUUGGUUUUAGACCUAAAAAUGUUUCAUGAAAUUCAUUACUGGAUAGUAGUAUGGAGUAGUUUUGUUACGUAACUAGAUAUUCAGUUUUUGUAACUGAAUUUGUAUACAGUAUAUGCAUUCAGCAUUCCACUUAAUAAUAGACAAUAUUUUUGUACUAUUGUACUAUGUAUUGCCUUAAGUAGACUAUUGAAAAUAUAGUUCAGUGCCACAUUAACUCAUGGGUGUGUAUGUGUGUACAUGUGUGAAUAUGAGAUCAGUGAAAUUACUAUCUUUCUAAAGCAUUUAAAUAUAUACAAGGAUAUCUAUAAAUACCUAGCUAAGAUAUGCUUUUGUUGUGAAGUGCUGGAUUUGGGCCAUUAUUUAGCUAAAUUACAAGAGAUUAUCAAUGAAAUCUCAAUUCUAUGGCUCUGGUGCUAAAAUUUCAAAAUAUUUUCAGUUAAUUGUAUAUCAAUGGAAGUCUGGCUUCAUCCAUAAAUUUGUAUCCAAAUAAAGUAGAAACCACUGUUAAGUGCCAUUUUACUGUGUUACUAAGCCUCUGAGCAUACAGUAUUUGCAAGAACUUGCAUUUAUUAUGAAGUCUUUCAUGCUGAAUAGAUUGGCACAGGGCAACUACAGGUGUGCUAAAGCCAUUUAAUAUAAUUUUCAGCAUAUUUGUAAACUACGUUGUGUUACUUAUGUAUAAAAAAUUUUUUGUUAUAAUUUCAACUAAUUAACCUAAAUAGAAAAUAAUUCCUCUUCAGUUUGUAAAAAGUCUAUUCUUUCCAUAACAGAUAUGUUAGGUUUAGUUGUUUGAUUGUAUAUAAGUGGUUGUAAACAAUGACACUAAAUGUAUAAUCAUAUACUAUUACAGUAUCAACAAAUGUAAUUAUGGUGCAAGCUAAAUGUAUUAUAUAUCAACAAAUAUUAGGAUUACCUUGAUGAAUAGGCUUAAAAGUAUUGGUAGCUCCCCACAUCCAUUGCCUAAACGAAGAUAGACAGUAUACUGAAAUAAAUGUAUGUUGUCAUAAACUAUCCUAACAAAGUGAUUAUAUCAAAACUGUUGCUUUUUGUGAUCUCUGUCUGCUAGAAUUAAGAAGUGUAUUAAAAACUAGUCUGAAGUGUAUAGUUUGUGUAUAUAAUUUGGCAACACCUUUGUUUCUCUGAUGACAAUUGUUUUUCCUUUCUCCUUUUGUUGUUUUGUUUGUGUAUUGCACUCGUUUGCUUGAAAAGAUUUUUGUCGCAAAGAAUCACAAUAAAGUUUUGGCUGAAAA